GAUUAGCGACAGUACAACAUCGAAACGAUACUCUGUUAUCUGUAUUCUCUUCGUAGCUCUCCCCUCUCCUUCGAGGGUUUCUUUUCUUUUCUUUUCUUCUUUUUCUUUUUUUUUUCUUCGAUUUUUCCCUUUUUAUUUUAUUUUUUUUCUUUUACUUUGAUUAUUUUUCGUUUCUUCUUCCCGUUUUCCCCCCUUUUUUCAAACCCUAAAAUUAACCUUCAAUCUAUCGUUUUAUCUGUCCCUCUCUCUAUAUACAAUUACCUCUAGAUACACCUCUGUGUGUGUAUAUAUAUCCGAAGAUAAAGAAGCAGAAGAUGCAGCAGCAAAGGUUGAAACAGCAACAAGCAUUGAUGCAGCAAUCUCUAUACCAUCCGGGCCUUCUAGCUCCUCAGCCGAUAGAGCCCAUCUUGAGUGGAAAUCUACCCCCUGGCUUUGAUACAAGUGCUUGCCGCAGUGUCUAUGUUGGAAACAUCCACCCUCAAGUCACUGAUCUUCUUCUUCAAGAGGUUUUCUCAAGUACAGGUCCCCUUGAAGGAUGCAAGCUUAUAAGAAAAGAGAAGUCGUCAUAUGGUUUUGUGGAUUAUUUUGAUCGCAGCUCAGCUGCCCUUGCUAUUUUGUCCUUGAAUGGAAGGCAGUUGUUUGGGCAGCCUAUAAAAGUUAACUGGGCUUAUGCCAGUGCUCAGAGAGAGGACACUUCAAGUCACUUCAACAUUUUUGUGGGUGAUCUUAGCCCGGAGGUUACAGAUGCCACCCUGUAUGCAUGCUUUUCGGUCUAUCCUAGUAUCUCAGAUGCAAGGGUGAUGUGGGAUCAGAAGUCAGGACGCUCUAGGGGGUUUGGAUUUGUUUCUUUCCGCAACCAGCAGGAAGCACAAGGUGCAAUAAAUGACUUAACUGGAAGGUGGCUUGGAAGCAGACAAAUUCGUUGCAAUUGGGCAACAAAAGGUGCUGGAUCAAGUGACGACAAGCAGGUCUCAGAUGCUAAAAGUGUUGUGGAAAUAACAAAUGGCACUUCAGAUGAGAAUCAGGAGAAGACUAAUGAAGAUGCACCUGAAAAUAAUCCCCAAUAUACCACCGUUUAUGUUGGCAAUCUUGCUCCUGAAGUUACUUCUGUUGAUCUCCACCGUCUUUUUCAUUCCCUUUGCGCUGGAGUCAUUGAAGAUGUCCGUGUUCAACGUGACAAAGGCUUUGGAUUUGUAAGAUACAGCACCCAUGCUGAAGCAGCUCGGGCCAUUCAACUGGGGAAUGCCCGAAUUCUUUUUGGCAAACCUGUCAAGUGCUCGUGGGGAAGCAAGCCGACCAUGCACGGAACCAGUUCCGCCCCUCUGCCACCGCCAGCAGCACAGAUACCCAAUGUUUCGGCCGCCAAUCUCGCAGCCUACGAAAUGCAACUCGCAUUGAGCAAAAUGGGCGCCGCACAAGCUCUCAUGCACCCCCAAGGCCAGCGAAUUGGCGCCGCUAGUCAUCAGGCAAUGUACGAUGGCAGUUAUCCGGGCAUCGCCACAACUCAACCACCAAUGUACUAUCAGUAAUAAGUACCAGACAACUGGUGCCCCAUAAUCAUAGGCUGUUUCCCCUUUUCCUCCUAAUUUUAAGUGUGAUAUGUCCCCUUAUAUAUACAUCUCCAGAACUGUAUGAACUUCCGGGGAAUGACAAAUUAUGCAACCUGUGAAAUGGAAUUUCCUGUAUUGAUGAACACUGAAAUGUGUUGCCUA